AGGAUUGCUGCGUAAGGAAACAAACCUGACUCUGGAAAAGGGGGACUUCCCAGAACCAUAAUAAUCUCAUGGAUGGGCACUUGUGGCCUGCUAUUGUUACUUCAUUCUAGGAGACUGAGUGAGGUAUUCUUCAGCGGAAAUAAGGAAACAGUUUACUCUCCCACCAAACCUUGGCCAGUACCAUCGACAAAGCAUAAGCACCUCCGCUGGCUUCCCUUCUCUUCAACUAUUUCCUGUGGCUGCCAUCUUGUCUCCUGUAACAAUUUACACGCGACUCACUGUGUGUCCUUAAAGCCUCAGUUUUAUGACCCAGUGGAGCCGGUGGACUUCGAAGGACUUCUGAUGACACACCUGAACAACCUGGAUGUGGAGCUGGCCCAGGAGCUGGGAGACUUCACGGAAGACAACUUGGACGUGGUGUUCACGCCAAAGGAAUGUCGGACUUUGCAGCCCUCUUUGCCGGAGGAAGGGGUUGAGCUGGAUCCUCAUGUCAAGGACUGUGUUCAGACCUAUGUUCGGGAGUGGCUAAUUUUAAACCAGAAACACCAAGGAAAUUCGGAGAUUUGCCGUUUUAAAAAGACUGGAUCCCGAAAAGAUUUUCACAAGACGCUUCAGAAACAGACGUUUGAGUCAGAAAUCUUGGAGUGCAGUGAACCCAGAGUUCAGGCAGGCCCCCGCCCCUUAAAGGUGCUGUGUGAUGUGUCUGGGAAAGGCCCCCUCACUGCUUUUGACUUCAACCUGCGCAGCCUGCAGCCUGACCAGCGGCUGGAAAACCUCCUGCAGCACGUGAGUGCCGAGGACUUUGAGAAGCAGAACGAGGAGGCCCGGAGGACCAACCGGCAGGCCGAGCUCUUUGCCCUUUACCCAUCGGUGGACGAGGAGGAUGCUGUGGAAAUACGUCCGGUGCCAGAAUGCCCUAAGGAACAUCUGGGCAACAGAAUAUGGGUCAAGUUGCUGACCCUAAAGUUUGAGAUAGAAAUUGAGCCUCUGUUUGCCAGCAUUGCUCUCUACGAUGUUAAAGAAAGGAAAAAG